AGUGUUGUUCGUAAUCGCUCUAGUGAAAAGAAAGUUGUUAUUAAUAUUCACUGCCUGUUUUUUUCAAUUGUUAAACAUGCUUUCCCGAGCAUUUGUUUUGUGGUGUUUUGUUUUUUUGGGAGUUCAAUGUAAUAUUUAUAGCGAUUUCGACCUUUUCAACCAAGACCCGUUCCAAAACUCAUGGAACGUCCACCAGCCGAAAAUCUACGCUCAACCCAGGGUGGGUCUCGAACCAGAAGCCGAAAUCAUCAAUGAAAAUGAAAGGGAGAAAGAGCCACUGGGGCCGGACUUUGUGGACCCCCUGGAGACCCCACAAAAACCUGUUUUGAACCCCAAACCUCACGCAUCUAGGCCAGUUUUACCAAGUCUUAACCCUGUUCUUCCCGGAGGAAUCGUGGAUGUGGACGCCAGUGGCGUGGGUGGGCCAAACUUUAAUUUGGGGGGUUUUGACAGGGGCGAGUUCGAUUUGAACAGUUUCGGUUUGGGUGGCAGGCCUGGAAAUGGGUUUUUGAGUUUCGGCGGGUUCUUCGGACCCGACGUGAAGCCGUGGUGGAAAGGUGAGAAUGUUUGUGUGGAAAGAUCGGAAACGACCGACGAUGAUGACGAUGAUGAAGAGGGUGAAAAUGGGGAAGAAAACAAGGAAAACUCCACCGAAACGCAGCAAUCGCCCGCAAAUUUGUUUGCCACCACAAUCAGGCUGUCAAACUGCCAAGAAACCGACAACAAAUACGAAUGCGUGACCAAGAUCAACAAUCAUGGCGUGAUUAAGACCUUCACAGUAACCUACAAAUGUUGCUAUGGCUUCAAAAGGGAAGCUGGUAACUCCGGUUGCACCAAACAGGUCGAGUUGAAACCAAUUUUGGAGACCUUGGGAGAUUUGGGAACCAAAGAAUUCAAAAAACUUAUCUCUUCCGCCGGUUUGGAAGAAAAAAUUAACAACGAAAAUUUGACUGUUUUCGCUCCAACUGAUGAAGCCCUAAUCGAUUACCAUGAAGACAUGAACGAUUUGAACAACGUAGAAGCAGUAAGAAGGCGCAGAGCAGUUAAAAACGCAUAUUCCUCGAAAGAUGUAGUGCUAAAUCAUCUAACGGCCGGUUUCGUAGACUUAACGGAACUUGGGAACGAAGAUUUAAUAUACAGUGAAAACAACAACAGUUCAUUGAGAAUCAACAUCUACCCCACGCAUACGUACCAAAAAAUGUUGACGGUCAACUGCGCGAGAGUCAAGAAGUUGAACAACUUGGCCAAAAACGGUAUUGUUCAUAUAACUGAUUCAACUAUUGAGCCGGCCGUACAAAGUAUCGAGGACAUCAUCAGGGAGCAUCCAAAGUUGAGCAGCUUUAGAAAAGUGUUCGAAAGCACCAACAUCAGAAAACACAUGAAACUCGACGGGCAUUACACGGUUUUUGCUCCAACUGACGAAGCCUUUAACAAACUGGAUGAAUCCCAGAAACAAAAAAUCCUGAAUGGAGAAGCUUGCGCACCAAGCAUUAUCAAGCACCACAUUACAGCUCACACUGUGUGCUCAUCUGCCAUAAUAGGAAACGCUACAACUCACAAUGUAGAAGGCGAUACUUUAAACAUGGAAAGAACAGAAAUGGACGAGUUAAUUUUCGAGGGAAAAGCUAAAAUAACGGAAAUCGACAUCAUGGCUACAAACGGCGUUAUACACCUCAUAGAUACAGUUAUAGUACCGGAAUCGGCUUUGUACAUUGGAAAUCUGUUGAAGUCGCAAAAUUUCUCCAAAUUCAACGAGAUUGUGGAAAAGGCUGGAUUAACUGAAGAAAUUAACAACCUGGUUAACUCUACAGUUUUUGUACCGGAUGAUGCAGCCUUCGAGAAUUCUGAGACUCAGAAGUACUUGGAAUCUAUUGAGGGAGAUCAGGAAAAACUCAAGGAAGUUGUGAGAUAUCACACUUUGAGUGGGCAGCUGCAAUCCUGUGACAUGACCAACAACCAAAAACUGAUCACCAAUGAUGGAGAAAAUGAGCUCAGAAUCAACCUUUAUUCCACUCUUCCCCUCUUCACAAAUGUGGUGAACAGAGCUACGGUAAACUGUGCUAGGCUAACAGGUUUUGACGAAAAGGCUUGUGGUUCAACAGUCCACGAAGUAAGCAAGCUGUUGGUACCCCCGACGGAGAAUAUUCUGGAAAUCGUGAACUCCAACGAAAAGUACUCGACCUUGAGCCAAAUCAUCAAGGGUACGGAGGUCGAGAAAAUUUUGCAAGAGCAAAACAGGUCCAUAACCCUCUUGGCGCCCACUGACGAGACUUUUGCUGCCUUGGACGAGAAGGACGUGAAAGAGUUGAUUGAAAACAAAGAAAAAGCCAAUUUGAUGUUGAAAGGCCACAUUCUAUCGGAGGUGCUUUGCUGUUCUGGGGUGGGCCCCCAUUCGUGGGGAUUCAACAGCUUAGUACCAACCUUAUCCCACAACCACUACGAGAUUGGCAGGACUGGCUCUCAGGUGCGCAUCAACAGGGCCGUGGUUACCAGUUGCGACAAGUUGGCCGUGAACGGCGUGGUUCAAACCGUCAACAAGGUUAUGGUCCAAAAUCGCCCAACAAUUCCGAACAUAGGAGGCGGUUUUUUCCUCUUUGAUUUGUAAGAAUUAUCAACACGAUUUUUCUAUUUUUUUACCUAGUUUAGCCUUCAGUUUAGUGAUACUUAUAUUGUGACUGAAUUAUCAGAUAAUAUUUAUUGAUUGAAUAUAAGAUUUAUUAAGUA